AUGUCUUCCGUAUUAACUUCGGACACAACUAAUCUUCAUCAACGUAAUAUUGAACGUGAAUUAAAUAAGAAAGUAACACAAUUAAUAAAAGAAGAAAAUAAUAUUGGUGCUGCACCAACAACUGAAGAUGAUGAAAUGGAACCAUUACCAUCUCAACCAAGUGGUGCAAGUAUAAUUGCUCAACCAUCAUCAGUUCAAGAUUUUAUGCAAUAUUCUGAUCAAUUAUUAAGUGGUUUUAAUCCACGUUGGCGUAAUUGGAUAAUACGUGGUAUAUUUUCAUUUAUAAUGCUUAUUGGUUUUGCUAAAUUAAUUGAUAUGGGACCACUUAUUGUUUCAUUAGUUAUACUUCUUAUACAAAUAAAAUGUUUUCAAGAAAUUAUUAAUAUUGGUUAUGUUGUUUAUAAAUCACAUAAUUUACCAUGGUUUCGUACAUUAUCAUGGUAUUUUUUAUUUACAUCAAAUUAUUGGCUUUAUGGUGAAAGUUUAAUACAUCAUUUUGGAUUUUUAAUGAAUAAAAAUAAUUUUCUUCAACCACUUGUUACAUAUCAUCGUAUGAUUGCAUUUCUUUUAUAUACAAGUGGUUUUGUUGGUUUUGUAUUAAGUUUAAAAAAAACUUAUUAUCUUAAACAAUUUACAUUAUUUGGUUAUACACAUAUAACAUUAAUGAUACUUGUUACAACAAGUCAUCAAAUGAUACAAAAUAUUUGUGAAGGUAUGAUCUGGUUUCUUUUUCCUGUAUCAUUAAUUAUUUGUAAUGAUAUUAUGGCAUAUAUGUUUGGUUUUUUCUUUGGUCGAACACAAUUAACAAAAUUAUCUCCAAAAAAAACAUGGGAAGGUUUUAUUGGUGGUGGUAUAUCAACAUUAAUAUUUGGUUUUAUAUUUGCUGGAAUAUUAAGUAAUUAUCAAACACUUGUAUGCCCAUUAGAAUAUAAUGAAGAAAUAAUGGGUUUAUCAACAUCAUGUUUACCAUUACAAUUAUUUCAAAAGACAACAUAUUUAAUGCCAAAACCAUUUUCAUUUUUUAAACGUACACUUGAUUUAUAUCCAUUUCAAUUACAUUCAUUAAUACUUUCAUUAUUUGCUUCAAGUAUUGGACCAUUUGGAGGAUUUUUUGCAAGUGGUUUUAAACGAGCUUUUCGUAUUAAAGAUUUUGCUGCAACUAUACCAGGACAUGGAGGAUUUAUGGAUCGAUUUGAUUGUCAAAUAAUUAUGGCAUUAUUUACUAAUGUUUAUAUAUCAACAUUUGCACGUAUUGCAUCACCACAUAAAAUUUUACAACAAGUCUUAGAAUUAACACCAGAAAAUCGUGACGAAUUUCUUCGUUUACUUCGCAAUCAUAUAAAAGAAUAA